AUGUACAAGUUAAAGUUCGCGUUGGACAAGGCCCACGAAUUGCCGGUCUCCACGGGUAAAGUGAGUCCCGACGGCACGCUGUUGGCCACCGCGUCCACAGACAAAACCAUCAAGCUCUGGAAGCUCCAGCCAGACGGCGCAACGUACUGGAAAACACUCGCUGGCCAUACAAAGGGCAUCUCGAGCGUUGAGUUCUCGCCCAACUCGCGCUUUCUCGCGUCCGCCUCAGACGACCUCACCAUCCGCAUCUGGGACCUCGACCUUGCGGAAACCAUCCAGAUCCUCAGAGGCCACACAUACCACGUCACUGUGCUCAAGUUCCACCAUCGCGGAUCCAUCUUGGCUUCUGGCUCUGCCGACGAAAACAUCCGUAUCUGGGACCUGCGACGGGCCAAGUGCAUGAAGGUGUUGAGCGCGCACUCAGACCCGAUCUCGAGUCUGGACUUCUCGUUCGACGGUACGGUCAUUGUGAGUGGGUCGUACGACGGACUAAUCCGCCUGUUUGACCUUGAAACAGGGCAGUGUCUCAAGACGCUUAUCUACGACAAGAGCGGGUCAUCGUACCCGGUGAGCCACGUCGCGUUCUCGCCCAAUUCCAGAUACAUCUCCUCGAGCUCGCUGGACGGGUUCAUCAGACUGUGGGACUACAUGAACAACAAGGUGGUGAAAACGUUUCAGAACGUGAACGGCUCGAGUGUGGCUGAAAAAUACUGCCUAAGCACGGGCUUUGUAACGUGUUUCGAGAAACCGCUCAUCUGUUCAGGAGACGAGCGCGGGAAGGUACUCUUCUGGGACAUCCAGUCCAAAGAGAUAGUUUUGCAGCUGGACACGGGGAGCCACAGCCCAGUGAUGGAGGUGGAGCCCAUCAGCAACGGGAAGCGGUUAAUGACCUUGUGUAUGGACGGACAGAUCAGGUUUUGGGAGAGUGAACACGAAUGA